AUGUCGACAACGUUAUCAACGGAAGAACUCGCAGCUUUGGCUGAGAUGAAUAUUUCUGACACGGAAGAAGAAGACGACCCGACGGCCCUGAAAAGGCUCGGGAACGAUGCCUUCCAUACGAAAGAUUUUUUAAAGGCGAUCAGGUUGUAUACUUUAGCGCUGCAGAAUUUGCCUGAGUCGGAUGCUCCUGCUGUCGGAAAGGAGAUCAACAAGGGCGUUACUGCACCGAAGAGUGGAAAGCAGUACCAGAAGGAGCAGCUCAUCCGCGCAGUAGACGCUCGCGGACUCAUCAUCAGGCUCGAUGAUCGCCUCAAUUUUCCCUAUCCGCCAGAGGAGCUCUUGCAGGGCCGCUCAGCCGACAUGUUGGAUCCAGUUCUUACCUUGGUCAGGCGUCGGGGAACGCAAGCCCCGUCUGACAUGAGGCUGGCCCCCAUAGCGUACCACGUCUUGAUUGUUGCACCAUAUUUUAAGGCGCAUCCCUCUCAGGGGAACAAGCCAUACUCAAUUCGCGCCUCCGAUCUCGUGUACGACGAUGCGCCUAUCUCGUCGUUCAUAAGCAACCUCUUCAGUAGCAUCAUGCUCAAUUUCCCGUCGAACCUUGUCUCGGACGCAGAAUAUCGCCAAUACAUGCACACGGCCCUCGCUCACGACGACCCGCGUGACAGCGUCAUCAUGGCGCUGAGCUCACGCGGCCGCAUGCCCAUCGUGCCGCGCUCUGCUACCCUUAAGCAGAUCAUUGCGGGGACUAGAUGGCCCCGUGAUGGCCCGCUGCCCUUCGAAGACAAGCGCCAGCGUCCGCGUCGGAGGGACGACCCUGUCGACGGCAUCGAACUUAGCUGGGGAGGCUUCAUUAACUUGUAUGUCAUCCCUAAGGAGAAGUUGGCGUACCAUGUUCAAUUCAUAGAGUCGGGCCACAAGCUUGUAGGUUUACAGUGA